UCCAUUGGUUGUUUAGAUACUAACGCCACUUCAGCCUAUCAAAGAGCGUUUACCUCUUCAAAUAGAACGGAUAUAAGGGUAGGGAGGGCUCCAGUGAGAUCAUUCUUUUUCUAUUUGACUUUUGUUACUGUGAGUGCUGUUUGAAGCGAUCAUCAAUCAUGUCAGGCCGAGGAAAGCAGGGCGGUAAGGUGCGGGCUAAGGCAAAGUCUCGUUCCUCGCGGGCUGGGCUGCAGUUCCCGGUGGGCCGUGUGCACCGCCUGCUCCGCAAAGGCAAUUACGCUGAGCGGGUGGGGGCUGGAGCCCCGGUCUAUAUGGCUGCGGUGCUGGAGUAUUUGACCGCUGAAAUUCUGGAGCUGGCCGGCAACGCGGCGCGGGAUAAUAAGAAAACGAGGAUCAUCCCCCGUCACCUGCAGCUCGCCAUCCGUAACGACGAGGAGCUCAACAAGCUGUUGGGGAAAGUCACCAUCGCUCAAGGUGGUGUCCUACCCAACAUUCAGGCCGUGCUGUUGCCUAAGAAAACUGAGAGCCACAAGGCCAAGAGCAAGUAAAACCCGAACAAGAAUCUUUACUAAAAAAACAACAACCCAAAGGCUCUUUUCAGAGCCACCCA